CCCGGGCCCCGAGGAGCGAUGCCCAAGGCCAGUGAUACUUUAUGGGAUCUUGCUAUAGCUGAAGUGGAGAAGAGAGAAAACCCCGAUGACGAUGGCAAGCGUGUGGAAGUUUGGGAAAAAUCAAUAUUAUUUAUGGGAAACAAAAAUGGGGGAAAGACCACUAUUAUACUGAGGUGUCUUGAGAGGGAAGAGAUUUCAAAGCCAACAUUAGCCUUGGAAUAUACUUUUGGAAGAAGGGCAAGGAGACACAAUACACCUAAAGAUAUAGCUCAUUUUUGGGAACUAGGUGGUGGAACCUCAUUACUGGAACUAAUUCGAAUACCAAUCAGUAGCAACAACAUAAGGUCAUUUGCUGUAGUUCUUGUAUUGGAUCUGUCCAAACCUAACGAACUCUGGACUACUAUGGAGAAACUUUUGCAGGUCACCAGGAACCACGUGAACAAAAUUUUAACCAAACUAGAAAAGACAAAUCCCGAAGUAGCUACUGAAAUUAAACAGAGGAUGUGGAACAGUCUGCAGAGGGAUCAUCCAGAUUAUGAGUUAAUUGACCCUUUUCCAAUACCCUUGGUGAUAAUUGGAAGCAAAUAUGAUAUUUUUCAUGAGUUUGACUCUGAAAUGAGGAAAAUAAUAAGCAAGACACUUCGAUUUGUUUCACAUUAUUAUGGAGCAUCAUUAGUGUUUACCAGUAAAUCUGAGGCUCUCCUGCUGAAAGCCCGUGUUCUUAUUAAUCAUUUGGCAUUUGGCUAUGAUAAAAGCAAGUCUGUAUCGGUGGAUCACAGCAAACCUCUAUUUAUACCAGCAGGCCUGGAUUCACUGAGCCAAAUAGGACCACCACCUGCCUCCGAUAGUGAUAUCGGAAAGAUGCGUGCAAACACACCUUUGGAACUGUGGAAAAAAGUAUUUGAGAAAACCUUUCCUCCCAAGAGUUUCUGUGAUUUACAAGAUACCAAGGACCCUGCACAGGAUUUACAAUACAUCGAGUAUGAAGUCGAUAUCAUGAGAGCUCAGAAAAACCAGGAACUUGAACAAUACAAAAGAAAUGCCUCUAAAUCCUGGAAGGAAAUGGAUUUGGACUCUGAUUGAUGACCUGCUAUAGGUGUCUUCAGCUUAACAUUUACAAAAUUACUUUAAUCAUUUUAACAUUACACUAGCAAUUUAAUCUGAUGCAGUAGAAAACAUACAAUGUGAAACUACAAAAUUAGUAUUUAUUAAGCAUUCCUGUUAUUAUUUUUAAUAAAAAGAGCUGUUUAUUCAUUCAGUUCAAAUUUAACUAUAUCUUAGUACUGACAUAAGAGUUUUAAAAAGUGGUGAGAAAGGAAUUCCAGGUUGGUCAGAGAUGGAUUUGAAUAUGAAGACUGGCAUUAGUCAGUUC